UGGUUCCACUCUGGCAGAAGCUAACACUCGGAAGAGUUCCCCAUUGCAGGCAUCUGCAGUGUCCAGCAUCCAGCAUGAGGCCUCUGGUGCUGCUGUGGGGCUGCCUGGUGCUCCCAGGUUAUGAAGCCCUGAAGGGCCCAAAGGAGAUCAGUGGGUUUGAAGGUGACACCGUGUCCCUGGAGUGUACCUAUGAGGAGAAGAUGAAGGAGUACAGGAAGUAUUGGUGCCGGCGAGGUGGCAUUCUGUUGCCCCGCUGCAGUGACAUUGUCUACACAAGUCAGGACCAGGAGCGAGGCAUGAUGUCCAUCCGAGACAACCCCCAAGAGCUCUCGAUGACCGUGACCAUGAGGGACCUUACCCUGAAGGAUUCAGGGAAGUACUGGUGUGGAAUUGACAGACUGGGCCUCGAUGAGUCUUUUGAGGUCACACUCACUGUCUUUCCAGGAAAAAGGGACAGUCCUGUCCCUGCUGGCACCUGCUGUCCUUCUCCCACCCCCUCCUUCCAGCCUCUUACACCUACAUGGAGCCUGCAGCCCAAGGCAAAAGCCUGGCAGACUCAGCUCCCAGAACUGACUUCUUCUGGUCUCCACUCGACAGUCGUCACGGCCAAACAGGGGAAGACAGGGGUCAAAGCCCCUGUAUUCACCGAGGCGGCCCCAGCCUGGUCUACACGAACUUCCCAGGGUCCCUCAGGAAUCUCUCCAUAUGCUGGGAGCUCUCCUCACACAGCAACCCCAACCCGAUCUGCAGGAACCUCCCAGGUUCCCCCAGGAAGCUCUCCAUAUGCAGGGAGGUCUCCUCACACAGCGACCUCUCCUCAUGCAGGGAGCUCCCGCCCAGUCAUCUGGCUGCCCCUCACCACACCAAAGGACUCCAGGGCUGCAGCCAGCAGCGUCUCCAAGCCCAGUGUGUCCAUCCCAACGGUCCGCAUGAUGGCUCCAGUCCUGGUACUCUUGUCUCUGCUGCUGGGUGCAGGACUAAUUGCCUUUGGCAGCCACAUGCUCCGGUGGAGAAAGAAAGUUUGGCUGGCUUCGCAGACGCAGAAAAACGAGAAGGUCUACCUUCAAACCUCGCCGCCGGGGAAUGGCUGGAUCCCUGAAGACUUGACGAUAGACCUUGCCGUGUCUCCCGAACUUUUCAGAAACCCCAACCCUUCUGCUGUGUCUUCUCCUGAGACACAGAACCUCAGCCAGUCUAUAGAGGAAGAGGCAGCCGGUUUCCUGGACAGCAGCGAGGAGGACGUCAUGGCACCCCCUCCCCUGCAGAUGUCUACGGAGGAACUGGCCUUCUCCGAAUUCAUCUCUGUGUAACUGCAGGAUGCCUCAUGAUCGGUCAGGCACUGUGAAGCUGUACAGCUGAGUUCGCAUGGAUUCGCAGCUCUACUCACAGUCCACGGCUCUGUCCACCUUCCUUCCGCCUCCCUUGCAUGCACCAGAAGGAGAAGUGUCUGUGGACCCUGGAGCCCAGGAUGGUACUUAACAAUUGCAGCCAGAGGCUGGAACUUCCCCACAUAUCCUAAUCCCUGGGAAGAGUCAAUGGAUGCCGGCCUUCAGCAGGGCCUGGCAAGGCUCCACAGAUGAGUGCUGGGUUUGUGUGUGUUCCGGAAAAUCCCCUGGGCACGGAUACCCAACAAUAGUCCCGCCUCCCAUCCUUGGCAGAUCCCACCUUCACGUCCUUCCAAUUCUCCUGCAUCAGGUGCUGUGGAGGAGACAUCAUAUGUGUGUCUAGGAAACACCUGCAUCCUGACCCUUUAGAAAAUAAUCAAAACAAAAUUCUGCAGACCCAUCAAGACUCACCCAAAUAAUCUCUAGGGCAGGGCCCGGGACUCCAUAGUUCUAACAAGUGACCCACCGAUUCCAACACUUAGGCCUGAUGAAUCCUCAGCCCCUUUUAGCUAGAGUCUUCCUUCCUUCCUUUAUUCCUCCCUCCCUCCCUCCCUCCCUCCCUCCCUCCCUCCCUCCCUCCCUUCCUUCCUCCCUUCCUCCCUCCCUUCCUUCACUGUGGGAAGACCUAUAUGCUCCCUAGACCUCUGAUCAUGACACCAUGGUCCUAGUAGGAGCUUCCUGAUGCCUCCCUGUUCAGGCACACUAUGGUGACAGCCAGCCCAAGGCAGCCAGGGAUCAGCUGUUUUCCCAUUCUCCUUCCCCAAGGCCCUGUAUCCCUCACUUUGGGAAGACAUUGGAGGAAGGCUUCUUAUCAUCCCUGUCCAGAAGGGUUACUCCUCAUGGGGUCUGGAGGCUGGGGGAGAGGAGGAGGAGGAAACCAGAGUGGGUAGGAAGGAGGGAGGGGACAGGACGGGAAGACAUUAGACUCUACUUACUAGAGGAGAACACUAAAUCCAGACCUGCUGAGUGAGAGAAAGGCAGACUGGCUCAACUAUUUUUUUUUCCUUUUUCUAUUCUGUUUUGAAAAAUAAGAUGUUGGGAAGGAAGGUGUUCAGAAUAUAAAACAGAAAUAUAGGGAGAAUACAAAAGAAGGGAGGCCGAUGUUUUUAGGAUCAUGUGUAGCCUCGGCAAGCCCUGUUGACACUCUGACUGAGCUUGCAGAAUCCUCCCCUCUCCGCCUUAUGUUUGCAGAUGCUCGGUUUACAGAGGGGUCAUCUCACUCGCACCCCACGCUCUCUCUCAUAAGCAUCCCUCCAUGCUCUGCAGACUCUGUACAAUAAACUUUCUCAGCUGUGUAGUAUUCCA